CGAAUAUUCGGUUCGCAAAUUUUAUGGCGUAGUAAAUGCGCAUUCUUACGAAAAGUUUCUGCAAGAACUCAAAUGGGAAUUCCGUACAGCAAUCAAAUUCCUUUGGUAUGGACUUGACGGUGUCUAAUAUACUUCGACCAACACCUUCGCUCUUUGUGUAGACAGAAAACGUCUUAAUAAAUGUGUCUUCAAGUUUGAUGAUGUAUUCCAGAUAAGGAGAAGAUGGUGAUUGUAGUCCUCCUAAAUCAGAUUUCUUUUCAUCGAAUGCUUUAAAGUGGCAGAAUAACUUUCUGCUAUCAUCCAGUUCUGUAGAUGAAAGAGCAUUGGUGCAUUUCAGACAAGAGUGGAGUUUGAAACUCUUCAUUACAAGAAAACCAGACACAUAUGCAAUGGCAUUUUCCCUCAUUAUGUUAGUAACAAACAUUUGGCUCCUUGUAGUCAGUAGGACCAAUUGCUAAAAUUUGUGGUUGCGGAGGUGGAAAGACUUGAACCGUUUUCUUCUGGCUGACUUUAUUCUUUGCAACAUUUUUGGAAUACUCAACCAGCAUAGAGUCAAGGUCGUUGUCACAAUUUCCAGAUGAACAGACAAUAUCAUCAGCAAUUAUCGAUCACAUACAUCAUUUAUAAUCAUAUGGAGAUGAAUUAAGGAGAAACAUGGUCCAGAGAUUACAAAAGAUUAGUUGAUUUUGUUAAAAAAAUGGCUAGCAGCACCAACUGUUUCGACUUGCAAGUUGGUUCGUCUGACGAUGUCGAUCUCUUGAAACCUAAACAAAAAGUAAAACAAAACCUCGUUGAAGAAUGUGAGCAGAUGUGGGAACAUAUACAAGACAAUCAUCAUCGCGUGGCGAGUUACAUUAAAAGUACACCUCCUAAAGGAAUCGAUCGAUUACAGGCAGCAAUUAAAAUCCUUCAAUUAAAAGAGAAUCGUCUACAAGCGCAACUGAAGCUUCUUAAGACUAAAGAUAUUGAAGUGAUUUCAAAAGAUCUGAAGUUUGUGGAAACCUGUCUUGAGGAGAAGAUGAAAAGAAAUGUUCAGCAACUUGAACAAGUCCUUGGAGUUGUGAAAGAACAAAGAGUUGAAGUUGCUGGUGAUCUUGAAAGGGAAAAGCAAUUAUUGGACCAACAGAGAUCAAUAAAUAAGGUUUUGGAAGAAAAACUUCACAUGAGUGAAACAGUAAAUGAUGAAGGAAGUCACAAUACUGUGUCUGUAAGUGAUCUUCAAAGUAAGAAAAAGAAGGCAUCAGAAUAUUACUCUGUUAUAAUGAGCCACCUGCAAAAGUUUUUAGCCCAUCAUUUUCCUCCUCCUGAUAAAGAAAUCACCGAAAGAAAUGAAAAUGGAAGAAAAUUUUGCAGUUUACAGCACCUCAUUGAGACAUUGAUGAACAAAUUAUUUGAAAGCCCUCACGAUUGUUACAUCAAAAUACUGCCCUCCUAUUGGCCUCCGUAUAUCCAGUUGCUUUUACGCUCCAACAUCAUAUUGAGACAUUCUGAAAACUGUGACCUAAUACGGUUGGUUUCAUUUCACGCUUGAUCCAGGUAAGACUGUACAGCUAUGUUCGUCAGUGGCAGAGACACUGGGGGGGAGAGAUGAGGGGAGGUAGUUGGUUGCUUUCUCCCCUCCUGAUUUCCUGUAUGAAACUAUUACAAUUAUAUUAUUAAUACCAUUAGAACAAUUAUUGCUUAGCCUCAUAGGGAACCUAAUUUUAAAUGACUAAGAUAUUUAAUGAGCUUAUUAUUUUGGAACUUGGAAAUAAACAUUUCACAUUCAUAA